AUGAAGAACAACAUCGCGCUGUGCAUGCUCGAACAGUAUCUGCAGAUAAUUCCAGUCAUGUUCUCAUACUGCAUCCUCGUCGUCAUCGCGGCCGAGCGCUACCUCGCCGUGUGCCGCCCCCAUAUGAGGAUGCAGACGCGGCACGUCAGCGGGUUUAUCGGCGUCUGCGUGGCGAUGACGCUCGCCGUGGCGGUCGUGUACGCGACGCCGCAUGCCGUCGUCGCGCCGGACUGCUGCAUCAUCACCGACGAGCGCCUCCUGACGGCCAUCAUGACGUCCUGCGCCGUUACCAACUAUCUCUUCAUCGUCCUCCUCAUCACCGUCAUCUACGGUCUCGUCUUCUGGGCGAUCUACCGCCGGCAGAUGAACAGGGNCAUCGUCGGAUUACCCCCCACGUCCGAUUCGUGA